AUGGCCACCACCACCGAGCUCCAGCCCGAACUCACCGAGUUCGCCCGCGGCGAGAGCUCCCACGGCUCCGUCGACGAGAAGCACCAGCAUGAUGCCGAGAAGCAGAACGUCGCAGACGAUGCUCACAAGCCUGUGGAUAUUACCCGGCCAUUCCCCAUCGAGGAUGAUGAGAUGGAGGAGACCCACCAGCUCACCGUUCGCGCCGUCUUCGUUGGCUGCGUUCUCGGUGCCAUCGUCGGUGCGUCCAACAUCUACCUUGGUCUCAAGACCGGCUUCACUUUUGGUCCUCAGCUGUUCGGCGCCAUCUUCGGUUACGCAAUCCUCAAGCCUAUCUCCAAGGCGCUCCCCGAGUCCGGCCUCCUGGGCCGCAUGUUCGGCGGGCCCUUUGGGCCCAAGGAGAACUGCACGGUCCAAUCUGCUGCGACCGCCGCUGGAGGCAUCGGUAUCCUCUUCGUCUCCGCCAUCCCUGCCAUGUACAGCCUCAACCUGCUCUCGGACCUUCCCCAGGACGACAUCGGCAAGCUGAUUGCCCUGACGUUCUCCGCUGGCUUCUUCGGUGUUUUCUUCGUCAUCCCUCUUCGCAAGUACUACAUCGUCAAGCAGAAGCUCACAUUCCCGACCCCGGCUGCCACGGCGAUCACUAUCCGGGCGCUGCACAACAGUGUCUCGGGUGCGGUCAACGCGCGCAAGAAGUCGCUCAUGCUUCUCUACUCGUUCGCGGUCGUGUUUGUCUACAAGGUCAUGACUGGCUACGCUCCGGGUGUGCUGUUCGACUGGCACAUCGGCUGGACGCUCUACCGCCUCGGCUUCACGAGCAUCAUCUCACUCGAGAACUACGGCUGGUUCAUUGAGUUCACCCCCGCUUUCUUCGGUGCUGGUAUGCUUUCCGGUAUCAACGCAUCUUGGAGCUUCUUCGGCGGUUCUAUUCUUGCCUGGGGUAUCAUCGCUCCGUCCCUCGUCAAGAAUGGCCUCGCGUUCGGCCGGGCGGCUUCGGACGAGUUCCCGCUUGUCUCGUACAAUGCACUGUCCUUUAGCGACCCCAGCCUCUACACCACCCACCCCUCCCCCCGUUACUGGCUUAUCUGGCCCGGUGUUCUCAUGAUGCUUGUUUACUCUUUCGUGGACCUAGGCAUGAACUCGGGCCCCAUGAUCACUGCCAUGCGCCAGGCCAACGUCAGCUGGAACCCGAUCUCGUGGUUCCGUGAAGACCCCGAAUACGACGCCGAUCAGGAUGAGGACCUUUCGCCCAAGGCGGACCGUGUUCCUACCUGGUGGUGGGUGUCUGGCCUCAUCGGCUCUAUUAUCAUGUGUCUCGCGAUCCAAGCCAAGCUCUUCUCCAUGAACGUCGGCGAAGCCAUCCUCUCGCUCCUCCUCGGCUUCCUCUUCUCCUUCAUCGGUGUCCAGUCUUCCGGCACGACCGAUGUCAACCCCGUCUCCACCGUAGCGAAGGCCACGCAGCUUAUCUUCGGUGGAAUCGCCAAGGGCGCCGGAUAUUCGAUUGUCGCGGGCGAGACAAUCAAUCUCACCGCGGGUACUAUCGCUGCUGGCUCCGCCGCGCAGGCGACGGACAUGACUGGGGACCUUAAGACCGGCUAUCUCCUCCGCGCGAAGCCGCGCAACCAGUUCAUCGCGCAGCUCUGCGGUGCCUUCGUCGCGUGCUUCCUCAACGUCGGCCUCUUCAUCCUCUUCACCUCCUCUGCGCCGUGCAUCAUCCACCUCCCCGAGGACGGCAAGUGCACGUACGGCGCGCCGUCCGUCGCGGCGUGGUCCGCCGUCGCCUCCGCCGUCGUCGCGCCCAACCUCCCCAUCCCAUCCUCGUCUGGGUACACCGCGAUCGGUCUGGCGAUCUUCGCGGCCGUUAGCGUCGUCGUCAAGUACCUCUGGCUCCCGAAGAAGUACUGGGGCUACGUCCCGAACUGGAACGCGGUCGGCCUCGCCUUCGUCGUCCCGCAGGUGUAUUACUCCAUUGCGAUGGCGGCGGGUUCGAUCUUCAACUAUGUGUGGGCGCUGCGCAACCCGGCGAGCUACGAGAUGUACAUGUUCGCGCUCUCGGCCGGCCUGCUCGCCGGCGAGGGUCUGGGCGGUGUCUUCCAGGCGCUGCUCGCGAUCGCGAAGGUCGACGGCUCCCUGUUUGGUACCGCUAUCGGCUGCCCCGGGCUCGAGUUCUGUGGCUGA